AUGUCUACUGGUUUACGAAACACGGGGCCAAAGGGAGUUCUGGACGAUUACAGGACAUUUCAAGAGUGCCGGAGGCGAGAAUUAGAGGAAACAAACGAAAAGAUUCUUAGUGCUGCAAAAUACUGCACUUUAUCGGGGCGCGACUACAGCUCCGAUUUGGAAAUACUUCGAAGCAAGAGAAUUCAAGAACUAGCAGAUUUCACAUUGGCCAGAGGAAAAAUCAUCGAAAUAACAAAAAAGGAUGAAUUUUUGGAUUUUAUUGAAACCAAUCGUGAUUGCUGGAUCCUGAUACACAUCUACGAUGAUGAUAACGAAGGUUGCGUAACACUGAACAAAAUUUUCAAUCAGCUUGCCUUGAAAUAUCCACACGUGAAAUUGGCGAAAGUGUUACCAUCAGUGGUUGGAAUGUCAUCUCAAUUCGUAAGUUUCUCGAUUUAUUGCCUCUUCAUAACUAUAUAGAA